UUCUCUGUGCGUUUUUUCUUUGUGUUGAUUCUGAGUUUUCUUUUGGAUCAACCCACAAUGGCCCUUUCGCGAGAUGUCGAGGACUAUAUCAAAGAGACUAUCGAUCACUCUUUGGGGAUUCCGAUCUCCAUGGACGCUCUCCAGAAGAAACUAUGUACGGCAGAAGAAUCUCAGCGUCGUCUCCGUGAACAGUACUUGUCACUGGUUUCCAGAUUGAAAGAGAAAGACCAAGUAAUCGAACUCGUUAGAUCCGAAGCGAGUAUGAAUGCGCAGGCGUUGAAGAAGUUCGUAGAAGAGAAUCAGAAACUGGCAGGUGAGUGCGAGGAAUUGGUGAACCAGUGUAAGAAGUGGGAAAAAGAAUGCUUCCUUUAUCAUCAAGAUCGUGAAGCACUGAUGGAUUUCGGGAACGAAUCGGACGAGAGGGCUAGAGAAGCAGAGUCUAGGGUUCGGGAGUUAGAGGAAGAAGUGAGUAAGAUGUCUGAUGUAGUGAAGCUUCGAAUGGAAUCUGACAAAACCACGUCGUUAGAAGAAGAUGUUUUGGUUGAUUCAGUUCUGGCAUCGUUUGUUUGCAAAGACGAAACUGUGAUUGGGCGUAGCUUCUUGGAGGCAAACAUUCAAGACCAAUCUUGUCAAGCUCUGUUGAGCAAAUGGGAUCAAUUGAAGCCAUCAACGCAGAGAGUUGUGUCUUUGGUUUCAAUGGUGAAGAAGAUUGAAAAGGAAAAAGAAUGCCUCGUCUUGAAUCUGGCUAAAGCCGAGCAAGAAGUAGAAUUGGUGUGCGAGCAAAACAGGGAGUUGGAUAAAGAAAAUCGCAGGUUGUGGAAGCAAUGUAGCCCUGUUUGUUCUGCAGAGAGAAGCAAGUCCAACAAGAGAAAGAGUCCUAAGAUGAUUAGCAGCCCGAUUGAGAAGAGGGUUGAUUUGAGCAGUCCCGGAUCUGUUGAUGCGUAAUAU